UGUGUUUCUCUCGGAGCACAGCUGCAGUGCAGGGUCACAGUUCAAAGGUCAAACGUCAGUCAGAAGAGCCGCUCUGAUGCAGAUGGACAGACACAAUCAUCUCUGGAGUAACGUGGUCUCUCUGCCGGCGAUGUCGCGUGUGGCGGUGUGUGGUGGUACCCAUGGCAACGAGCUCUCAGGUAUCUACCUGGUGAGGGAGAGGCUGAAGAGGAGGGAGGAUGGGAUAGGGCCGGUUUCCGUAGUAACGCUCAUGUCGAACCCACGCGCCGUGCAGCUGUGCGUCCGUUACGUGGAGACGGACCUGAACCGCUGCUUCACGCGAGCUGCGCUCAGCGCACCCGUCUCUGAGCACUCGCCGUAUGAGAUGAUCCGCUCUCAGGAGCUCAACGCUCUUCUGGGCCCUAAAGGAAGCGCGCAGGCGGUCGACCUGCUGUGUGACCUGCACAACACCACUGCAAACACGGGGCUGUGCCUCAUCACGUACUCCGACCGCGACUGGAUCUGCCUGCACAUCUGCAAACACCUGCAGAGAGAAAUGGCCUCCACUCCUGUCAGAUACGUUCACUUCGAUAUUCCUCUCGACGAGGCCUAUUCUCUGGAUUCAGUGGGGAAACACGGCUUUGCGAUGGAGGUCGGAUCGCAGCCUCACGGUGUCGUCAGGUCUGUGGUCUUCAGCGCCAUGCAGGAAGGAGUUCAGCUCAUGCUGGACUGGAUCUGUCAGUUCAACGCAGGGACCCUGUUUGAAGGAGGAUCUGUUGAUGUGUUCACGAUGGUGAAGAAUAUCGACUACCCACGAGACCCCCAAACACACAUGAUCACAGCCGCAGUCCAUCCCGACCUACAGGAUAGGGAUUUCUGUCUUCUCCACCCUGGAGACCCCAUGUUCCUGUCUUUCUCAGGGGAAACAUUGCGCUACAAAGGGAAAGAAGCGCUCUAUCCGUUCUUCAUAAACGAGGCUGCGUACUAUGAGAAGGGUGUCGCUCUUUCCCUCGCCAGGAAGAGAAGAGUGGAGAUUCCUUCCGUCCGCUCGGACACACUGAGAUGA